AUGUCUGAAGAAAGCUGCCAAGAGACGAACAGUCAUUUAGUCUCUAUCUAUAGCUCAUCUGGAAAUACCUGGCUUUCUCAGUAUGCAAUGCAACAAGGCAUCAAAGGACCGUUUUAUACGGGAUUGAAUCGUCUCAUGAGGGACCAGUGGUCAUGGACAGACGGAAACUCUGUAAACUACACUCGAUGGGCUCCGGGAGAGCCCAAAGUGGAUGCACAAUGCGCAGCUGAAAAUUCGACAGACGGUAGUUGGAUUACGGUAUCCUGCUCGACUGCAUACCCAUACGUUUGCGCGCAAGCUUCCACCGAUCCACCUGUGUCCACCUGCCCUCCACCAUCAACUCCACCACCUUGUCCUACCGCACCUCGUAAGAUGUUACAAAAUUAA